AUGGGGGCCCGGCGGCAGGUGAGAUCUGCUGCUGCUGCAGCAGCAGCAGAUCCAGGGGCCGAGGCCGGCGCCCUGCAGCAGCAGUCUGGCGGUGGGAGCACGUGUGCAAUCGUGCGUGUGCUGCAGCAGCAGCUGCAGCAGCACACAGCAGCAGCAAAUGCAGCAGCAGCAGCGCAGCUAAGCUCCGUCUGGCGGCGGCAGCAAUCUGACCUCUACAGCCGCGCCCACUCCGGGUGUAUGUACACCCGGGAGCUGCCUGCGUUUGCAGACUCGUGGCUGCUGUGCGCUUCAGAUGAGCAGCAGCAGCAGCAGCAAGCAGCAGCAGCAGCAGGCAGUGCUUCCAAGCGUCAGCAGCAGGAGGCUUCUCUCUUUGAGCAGCUGCUGCAGGCCCUUGAAGAGGAAGCAUGUGACCUGGAGCAGCAGGCAGCAGCAGAACAGCAGCAGCAGCAGCAGCAGCAGCCGCUGGGGCCAGAAGCCACAGCUAAGACGCUGCAGCAUCUGCGCAAGGGGCGGCUGCUGCAGCGGGGCCGCUUGUUUGCUGCUGCUGACGCAGACACAGAAAUAUAUAGCAGCAGCAGCGACGAGGAAUGCAGCAGCAGCAGCAACAGCAGCAGCAACCAAGGAGGUUGGCUGCUGCAGCAGCAGCAGCGGUGGCUGAGGUCGCGGAGCCUCCAUGCGCUGCAGCAGCAGCAGCUGCUGCUGUCGACGGACGGCAUUGCUGCAGCAGCAGCAGCAAGCGGAGAAGCAGCAGAACAGCUGCAGCGCAUGCAGCAGCAAAGAAUUGAAGUUGUGGGGCCCCGAAGGGAGCUGCGGCUGUGGCAGGAAGCAGCGCGGUGUCUGUCCACCCCGCGCUGCAGCUUCGUAGAGCUGCUGCUGCAGAGCAGCAGCAGCAGCAGCAGCAAGUCGGCAGUGCAGCUGCUGCUGUCGAAGGACGAAAGAAAGGAGCUGCUGCAGCUGAUGCAGCAGCAGCAGGAGCAGCAGCAGCCCCUCAGCCCGCCCCCCUGCUUCCUGUCCCACGGCUCUGCUGCUCUCAGCUGCAGCAGCUGCUUCUUCUGGCUUCUGCUGCAGCAGCAGCAGCUGCAGCAGCUGCAGCAGGGAACCUGCGUUGCGCGCAGCGGGGGCGUCCACAGCCACCUUGCUCGCUUCCUGAUGCUGCAGCAGCAGCUGCUGCUGCGGCUGCUCCAGCCUGACGCCGCCCUGGAGGAGUUUUUUCCUGCUGCAGAAGUGGCAGCUGAGGCAGCAGCAGCAGCAGCAGCAGCGGCUGCUACUUCAGACGUCGAUGUCAAGAAAGCCGCAAAUGGGCAAAGAGUAUACAUGG